AUGAGUUUUCUGGAGGACGUCCCUUUUCAGACUCUUAUGGGUUCACUGCAGGAGCAGGCACAUGUCACAUCUCCAGAAAUCUCCAUUCCAGACUGUGCUCAAAUACUACAAGAAACUCAGUAUGAAUUCAGCCUGGAGAAGUGGAUCUUGAGUGGGCCUCAGCUCCCUGCAGUACUCCCCUCCUGCCCACCGUAUAGCCUGCUCCACAGUUCCCCUCAGGAGAACCUCAGACGGAGCAUUUGGACCCUAGACCCCCGGCCUCGCAGCUUUAGUCUGAAUUCUGAGGACUCCAGGCUGCCCCGCCGCACAGUCAAAUUCCUCUUGUGUGACUCGGACGAAGACAGCUGCUGUGGCCACAACAGCAACGUUUACUACGAGUCCCCAUUUCUGAUGGAGCGGCCCCAUAGCGCAGCACGACUCAAUGACCUGCAUAGAGGUCCGAACAGACCAGAAUCCCCUCAAGGACUGGAGGGACACAAAAAGAGCCUGCCUGCUCUACACCAGUGCAGACCCUCCUCUGCAGAGCAUAAGCCACAGCAGGCCAGCCCACUGCCUCAAAAGAACAAGCGGUGGCGCAAGUCAGUGAGUUCUUUGAUUAAAAAGUACCCCCAAAAUACAGCCUCUGUAGGUGAGAGAAGACUGCAGCAACAACGGCCAUCUUCUGCUGGGCCUGUGGUCAAGAAUCACAGGCAAAAGGCUCUAAACCCUGGGACUUACAGCGGGGCCUUUCUGGACACUGCUGCGGAGCUCCUGUCAGCGCUCAGCCCGGAGGAACGAGAGCUGCUCGAAACCAUCACUCAGAGAGGCUACACUUUACGGAGAGCUAUAAUAGCCCUGCAGAGAACAGGCUACAGAAGCCCAGAAAAGAUCUGCAAGUACCUGGGGGCCUGUGAGCGGCUGUGCCAGCUCGGGUAUGAUGAAGGACAAGUGGAAGAAGCCAUGGAGAUGUUUCAGAACGGUGAGAAAAAGGCUGCUGAAUUCCUACAACUUCUGACACAAUUUAAAGAAAUGGGAUUUCAACAAAGUGCAAUCAAAGAAGUUCUGCUGGUUCAUGAAAACCAUCGCGAAAGAGCUCUGGAAGAGCUCAUGACACAAGGACUAAAUUAA